UUAUUGUACCAUGGUUCCUCUAGUGCAGCUAAUAAUGUAUAUAGAUUUCACUAAUAAUGCGCCAUCCGCUACUUUAGAAUAUAGGGAAAAAAUAUGAAGAGAGAGAAAGAACGGUAAUGGUAGCCCUGUUGGAAAUAAGGUCUGACCAGCGUCCACCACCAGCACUCCUCCCACCACCUGUUGCUGCUGUGACUAUGAGCUGAGUGCCAGUGCAAAUUGAGUGCCGUGUGCCGCCGUUAGCCUGUGUCACUUCCCGCAGCCUGUGUCAUGACCCCGGUGAAGAUUGGCAUCAUUGGGGGAUCAGGGCUGAACAAUCCCAACCUGUUUGAGGUGACCAGUGAAUCGCCCCAAGACACUCCCUAUGGACCACCCUCAGACAUCCUGCGGGAGGGAUUCAUCGAGGGCGUACCCUGCGUGCUACUGGCCAGACAUGGCCGCAAGCACACCAUAAUGCCCACCAAAGUUAACUACAGAGCCAACCUGUGGGCACUGAAGGCAAGGGGCUGCACCCACAUACUGGUUUCUACUGCCUGUGGGUCCCUGCAGGAGAACAUCUGUCCUGGGGACUUUGUUAUCCUGGACCAAUUCAUUGACAGAACCACAAAACGCUCACAAACAUUCUACGAUGGUGAGGAGGGACAUCCAGCUGGCAUCCUUCACCUCCCUAUGGAUACCCCAUUCUGCUCUGACACCGCCACCAUCCUGAAGCGAUGUUGUGAUGAUAUGGGCUACACUGUCCACCCUACAGGGACUGUGGUAACCAUAGAGGGGCCAAGGUUCAGCUCCAAGGCAGAGAGUCGCAUGUUCCGGCAAUGGGGUGCUGAUGUGAUCAACAUGACCACUGUGCCGGAGGUGGUGCUGGCCCGGGAGCUUGGCAUGUGCUACGCUGCCAUUGCCAUGGCAACUGACUACGACUCGUGGAGGGAAGGACAUGAGGCAGUGACAGUGGAGGCUGUCAUGGCAACCUUCAGAACCAAUGCCGAGAAAGCUGUCAAUGUCCUGAAGUUAGCUGUGGCCAUAAUAGCAGGAGAGGACUGGAGUCAAAGGAUUUCUACUCUGAAGUCAAGUGUGGACAGCAAUAUAAUGAGUGGCAAAUAAGGUUUACAAGUCUGCAAAACUGGAAAAGCAUUCUCCAACAAAAAAAACUGCUUCAUUGAUACAGAGUUACCAAUCAGGAUGGAAUCGAAAGCUAUCAUCAACGCCCCUCUUACUGACAGUCUUUCAUCUCUCCCAUACUGCAUCUCUUACCACACAUAUCCAAACCCAACACAAGAAGGAUGCCAAGGAUUUCUCCACCUCCCACAACUUGCCUCAAAGCUCAGACAAAUUAGCAAAGGGUGUCCCACCCUAGUGUAAAAAAAACAAACAUGCAACAUCCUCCUGACUAGACUGACAUCCAGGCUAUAAGAGCAUUCUUCACAAGUGGACCCCAGCAUAAAUUAAUGAAGCUAAUACCUGCCACCUGUCAAGAAAUCAGCCGUUACGUAGCAACCAAGCACUGUGAAUCCUCUUCUAAUAAAAAUAUUGUAAUUACAAUAUAGAGGACAGAGAAAGAAUAGAAAAUAUCCUGUGGAUGUGACAAGGAGUACCAAUCCUCACUCCAGAAAAAGACCGGGCAUCUCAAAAGCUUUUUACUUUGUAACUUGGCAGCCUAUAUUUCCCUCCUAAGAAGUCUUGAAAUUACUUUUUGCAACUCAAGUUGAGUCCAUGCACUCUACUUUUGCUUCAUGUUGGGCUACAUAGAAAUAGUGUAGUCUACUGUGCAAAUAAAAGUAAAGGACCCCAAUUUUAAAGCAUUGACAUCCUCCUUCCACCACCACCAGCUGAAACACUGCACAGCUACAGUAAACCUAAAUGAAUUAAUAUUUGGUUUUCCUAUACUUUUCCAUACAAACCAUUUCAUAAUUGAAAAUAAUUUUUUAUAACAUUUUAUGCCAAUAACUGCACACCAUCAGUAUGAUUGCCAAAAUCUUACACCACAUUUCACAGGUUAAUGCAUUGACUGACAGGAUGCAGAGGAGCAAAUACAAGAUAGCCUUCAUAAGACCGUUCCAUCUUGUCAAAAUUUUACAAAAAGUAGAAUCAAAUGCCUUAACUAUCAAAACUGAAGAAAAAAGUACAAAAAAAAAAAUCAGAUUUAACAGUGUACCUACCUAGUGAAUAAAUUAAUGUAAAAACUA